UUGUCUAUUAAUUGCUGCCGACGCAGCUCACUGUCUGACUUUAGCUUCAAUAUCUGUGGCUUUCGUGUUUAUAUUCAUCUUGGAAGUUCAAAAUUGCUUUUAGUUUGCAAUGAAUCUGCAUGUUUAUUCAACCGAAUUUGCAUAGUAUGCCUAAUGUCCUGUGUUUUGAUGUAUGAUUAGUUUUAAUUUGGAAAGCAAUAUAUUUCAUUAAAAAUUUGAUAUAGUUUUUUCAGUCCAUUGAGAUGCAUGAAGUUCUCUAUCUUGUUUUCUCUUGCCCUUUGUAUUGUCCUGUCCUGCUCUUUUGACUAUUUUAAAAGUGAUUCCAUACCUUGAUAUCGGCAUUCUGUUGGUUUUUAGUUUGGAAUGCUUCUUGUUUUCACUAGAUUAAUUAGAUGAACAAUGUUUACAGCUGUUGACAUUGCUUGUCCUUCCUUAGCGAAUUAGACAGAACAAUCUAAAUGUGAGGUAGUAGUUGUUUUUUGAUCCUUUUUCUUGAGGAAAAACACCUAUAUUUGUAGCUUGGUCCAGUGUCGCAAGUUAUAGCUUUUCAUAACUUUAAACUAGCGUGCAGUGACCAAGUGUCUGUAUACUUGCAUGCUCAAACCUGUAUUGCCUUCCAGCUGAAGAUCAGGUGUAUAAACUUGCAUAUAUAGAUAAUGAACAGAGGAGGAGCAGCCGGAGCAGGACUAGGUAGUGGGAGCGGACCCACGGCUGCUGCAGCAGCUGCAGCUGCCCAGAAGCAGAAGACACUCUUACAAAGAGUUGAAACUGACAUCGGCAACAUUGUCGACAAUUUCAGUCAUCUUGUGAAUGUCGCCAGAGUGAAUGACCCUCCUGUUAGAAACUCACAAGAAGCUUUCAUGAUGGAGAUGCGUGCAGCAAGAAUGGUUCAAGCGGCUGAUUCGCUGCUGAAAUUGGUAUCAGAGCUGAAGCAGACUGCCAUAUUUUCUGGGUUUGCAUCUCUAAACGACCAUGUUGAACAGAGAAUCGUCGAGUUCAACCAACAAGCCGAAAAAUCGGAUCGUCUGUUGUCUAGAAUUGCGGAGGAGGCAGCUGCCAGUCUCAAAGAGCUCGAAUCUCAUUACUAUUCUUCAUCGCAGAGGUCAACUCAUCCCACAGAAUCUUAGUGGAACAUGGCUGCGAUCUUGUGUAUCGGUUUCGGGGAUUAUUUUGACUUGUUACUUAUCUUGAGGCUAACAACAGCGAUGAACAAGUACUUUACAUGGAGCUUCUAGGUAUUCUUUAAUUUUAGCAGGGUGAUCAGGAGUCUUGCUCUCGCUGUUCCAGAGCCUGUGUCAUGGAUUAAGUUCGAUUGUCUAUGCGGGGUAAUUGUGGCGAUAUUAGACUUUGGAGUUGAUCCAAAAUACUUGUCGUUGAGUA